GGUUUUCUGUACUUUUCACGGAAGCGGAAAUGUGUUGGACGCUAGGAUGCGGAAGUGUCGGCUGCGUUGGGGUAGCUCGGUUGCCCAGCGGUUGCCACCAUGGCAGCGGCUGGGGGCCCGGGAGGCGACGGUGGGAGUCCUGUGGCUAUAGGAGGUAACCGACAGUUGAAAUACAUCAGUUUAGCUGUCUUGGUGGUGCAGAAUGCCUCUCUCAUCCUCAGUAUCCGUUAUGUACGUACACUGCCUGGAGACCGUUUCUUUGCCACUUCAGCUGUGGUCAUGGCUGAAAUCCUUAAGGGAGUCACCUGCCUGCUGCUCAUCUUUGUUCAGAAGAAAGGUAACCUGAAACAGUUUGCUGCCUCCCUGUAUGACUCCAUUGUGGUGCAGUACAUGGACACACUCAAACUAGCCGUGCCUUCUCUCAUUUACACCCUCCAAAACAACCUCCAGUAUGUGGCCAUCUCCAACCUGCCUGCAGCCACCUUCCAGGUCACCUAUCAACUGAAGAUCCUCACCACAGCUGUCUUCUCUGUGCUGAUGCUCCGCAAGAGCCUGUCCCGUCUCCAGUGGCUGUCCCUUGUGCUUCUUUUUGCUGGUGUGGCCAUUGUCCAGGUGGAGCAACAGCAGGCAGGGGGCAAACUAAGCCCCGGGGGCCAGGGAAUGCAACAAAACUACAUGGUGGGGCUUGUGGCUGUGGUGGUGUCGUGCCUGUCUUCUGGCUUUGCUGGAGUCUAUUUUGAAAAGAUCCUCAAGGGCAGUGCAGCCUCAGUCUGGCUACGUAACGUCCAGCUUGGCAUCUUCGGGACCUUGCUGGGGCUGUUGGGGCUGUGGUCCGCGGAAGGGACAGCCGUGGCUCAGCAUGGAUUCUUCUUUGGCUACACCCCACUGGUGUGGGGAGUGAUCCUGAACCAAGCCUUUGGUGGCCUCCUGGUGGCUGUGGUUGUAAAGUAUGCUGACAACAUCCUCAAGGGCUUUGCCACCUCCUUCUCCAUCGUAGUGUCCACUGUGGCUUCCAUCUACCUCUUUGACUUCCACCUCAACCUGCUCUUUGCUCUAGGAGCAGGGCUGGUCAUAGGGGCUGUCUAUCUAUACAGCUUGCCUAAGGGACCUUUGGCCAGCAGGUCCUUAGUGGGGACAGCUACACAGCAUCAGAGCCACACAGCACAGAGCAAGGAACUCCCUUCCGUGACUACAGAUGGUUUCCUCUCAAAGUCAGUGCUGGUCAAUUGAGAAGAAAAGAGCACAUGCUUCAUACCCAUCAUCUGUUACUUGUGAAGCUUCCACAGCACUUGUCCUCCUUCAGUGUCCCCCUUUUCCACCUCGAACUCUCUGCUGCCCCAUGGUCACCUCUCAUCCUUCCUCUCCAUAUCAUCAUCUUAUUUUCUCUUUCUCUCCCUCCACACACACUUUAAUCUUGUGCUUGGCCUAUCAUCCAUUCUUCCCCAACAUCCCACUUCUUUCAUUGCCAACACAAGUUCUCAAGCUCUCUCUCACUCUUCAUUGUUAUGUCUCUCUCUCUCCACUAUGCCUGUUUGGGGACAAUCCCUGCCCUACUGGAAGCAGCUAAAGGGUAAAGGCUGCUUUGGGAUCACCUGUGUCCUUUACCCUGAGACCCACAAAGCUCCCUCUUGUUUGGUCAGCAGGGAGUAAAUGUACAAAGAGGUGUAUUUUUGUAUGAAUACUCUGAAUGAAGGAUCAGAUACAGCCAUGGAAGGUGUUGUAUUUGUUGCCAUGGAGAUAACUCAGCUGUACAUAAGCAGAGAAGGGUGGAAGGGGGCCUCAUCUGCCAUUUUGGGGCAUACAAAUGUUCUGGGGGUUUUUAAAAAUGUUUUUAAAUACCACCUUUGAAUUGGUAGAAAUUUGCUUGCUUACAGCUGGCCGUGUCAAAUUUAUCUAUUGUGGCAGAUGAAAAUUAAAUGAGAAGAGUUUGAAUGUGUGUUUCUGCAGAGAAGGGAUGAGGGUUGUGUGGCAGAAACCAAGCCCCUUGCAUGUCUGAAGUGAGAAGAACUGAGGUGAGAGGAAAGCUGAUAAUGAAAGAGUAGGCUGCUAGGAGUCCUGAUUCAUUUCUGUCUCCUGUUCUGGGUGGCUAGUGGGAACCACUGGAUCAUAGCAAGAUUUGAGCUGAGUUCUUACUUCUUUCCUGCCUCCAGCAUGUAUUUAGUGUCUUAUAGUCUUUUGAGGAUCACUGGGUAAAUAGAGGGGGAGCAUGAAUCACUAGUUACUAAUUAUGAUUUUACUGUGGGCGAGGGAGAUGCAACGGAACUGAAUUGCAAUCCAGUUGUCUCAACACAAGGGACACUUGGUUUGAAAUUACAGCAAUUGUGAGGAAAAGGAUGUUGGAACAGCGUGAGCAGUGCACAGAGGACAGACUUGCACUGAUGGAAGAUCUAAGCGAGGCUAGGAAUCUUGAUAAACUCUGUCUACUGCUAAAUGGAGGUACUUGGGAAGCAAGACUUGAAUGCCUGUCCCUCUGGAACCGAAUAGCAUCCACUCGGGAGGUAUGGAGCAGGAAGCUGAAAAUCGGCACCAUUCAGUUUCUUUCAUACUCUGCAGGGUGGAAGGGUGGAUCCAAAUUGCAACCACGAUUCCUGCCAAGUAGGCCAGCCUGCACAGUGUGAGAUUUCCUAAACUUAAUGCAGCCAUGUAUUUGAGGUCUGCCAGGUGCUUAACAACCUCUCUGGUUUCACCGUUCCAGGCAAGCAGCUGAACUGGGAUAUACAUCCCCUAGUGAGCCACCAUAUGUGGUUGCUGGGCUGUGUUCAGCUUAGUGGCUCACAAGUUAUGCAGGCUUGAGCCAUGGCAGGUUGGGACUUGGAGGUGAUGGUGGUGGUGCCCAUCUUUGUGCCUCAGUUUCCCUCCUCUUGAUGGUGGGGUGAGGGUUGAUGAGACUUCACCUGCCUUCCUUUCUUAAUCAUUAUACAUUCUGUGCCGACGGGGGCUAUGUGUUGUGGGGGCACUAACCCUAAAGAGGGGAGUUUGGUGUUAGGUGUGUUGGGAUGGGGUGGGAAGAUAAUCAAAAGUAACAUGGUCUGUGUAUAUAUACAGUUUUUAGAUUGCUGAUUAUUUUCUAUGAAUCUUGCUUUUUUUCACAGAAAAAAAGCCUGUACUGUUUGCCAAUGUACAUGAACCACAGAUGAAUAAAGAGAGUGUAUUUA